UCCAUCGCGACGGCUCUAGCUACACGACACACACAGAUCGACGUCGACACUGCAACUACACCGCCUAAGAACACCGCACCAUGGCCACCGUCACCAGCCCGCCUGUCGUGGUAACGACGACGACGUCGGAGCCGCCCAUCGUCUCGUCUUCGACGACGACGACCUCGCACAUCGAGUCGUCUACCACCACGACCGAGAGCAGCACGACCACGUCCGAGACGCCCUCGAGCACGACGACCACGUCGCACGAGCCGACCACCACCUCGGACACGACGACGACGAGCAGCAGCCCGCCCACGACGACGACAACGUCGAGCCCGCCCACGACCACCUCUGAGAGCAUCUCCAACUCGCCCACCACCAGCGCGCCGACGACGAGCGCCCCGACGUCGGCCACCUCGUCCACGUCCGACGCGGGCCCCAGCAUCCGCUACACGACCGUCGUGUACACCAACAGCAACGGUACGCACACUGCCACCAAUGCCAUCGGCGGUUCGGGCUCCUCGCACAGCAAGAACAACACUGGCGCAAUUGUCGGCGGUGUCGUCGGUGGCGUGGGCGGCCUGCUCCUCCUCGGCGCGCUCGCCUGGUUCGUCAUGUACAAGCGCCGCAGGCGCCGCGAGGUCGCGUUCGACGAGAAGAUGUUCGACCCGCACAUGAACACGCGCCACUCGGCCGCCGACCCGCUCGACCUCAUCUCGCCGACUGUCCCCGUCGUCGGGGACGAGGCGCACGUCGAGCCCUUCACCUACGACGGCGGCUACUCGCACUCGGGCGAGCACGACGGCGGGUACGACGCGUACGGCCAGCCCCAGUCGCAGCAGCAGCACCUGUCGAUGCCCGACCACCGAGACUACAUGGGCUACAACGGGCACACGGACAACCCGUACGCUGCUGGCGCUUACGCUGCCGGCGUCGGUGCCGCCGGUGCGGCGGGCAUCGGCGCGGGCGCCGCAUACGCACAGCACGAGUACGCCGACGACCCGUACGCCGCCGCGCCCAUGACUCCCGCUGCGGCCGCCAAGGCGCGCGAGGCGCAGGCCGAGGCCGCGCGCCAGCAGUACGCCGCCGGCUCGUCGGGCCACGACGGCCGCCCCCCGAGCAGCCAGUACAGCACGGGCGGCGAGACGGGCGAGUUCCACGACGCGCAGCAGUACCAGCAGCACCAGCAGCAGUUUGCCGAGCCGCCCCUCAGCCCCGGUGGCAGCGCCGGCUCGCCGCCCGCGACUGGCGACCGCUCGUCGAGGAUAUACCAGCACACGGACAUGCUGUCCGAGGGCGAGGGAGGCGGUGAGGACAUCAACGAGAUCCCCCCGACGUAUGCGUCCAUCCCGAGGCCCCAGUAGCGUGCGUGCCACAACAAACUUGCUGGCAGCGGACGAAACGCGAACGCGCCCCCAGACGGACAAUGUAUCAGUAGUGUACUUCACCUCCAUUAGGACCUGAAUGCAGUGCAGAGUUAGAUUAGCUGGUUGCCGCGGUCGUGGUAUUGCGGUCGGCAUGGCCGGCAUGGCUGGGGGGUUUGACGGCGACGUGGCUCGGGG